AUGACCUCCUUAUUUGUUUGGUCUUUGAUAUUACCUGCCGCUGUGGGUACUCUCCACCCUCGACCGCAGGAUGGCCUUGCGCGAACUCCGCCUAUGGGAUGGAACACCUAUAACAAAUAUAAUUGCAAGCCAAACGAGUCUAUUGUACGAUCGAAUGCCAAGGCCUUGGUCGACUUAGGGCUUGCGUCUGCUGGAUAUCACUACGUUACGGUGGACUGCGGCUGGACCGUCUCGGAACGACCCGAGGAUGGUCUCCUUACCUGGAAUGAGACCCUCUUUCCUGAAGGCUUCCAAGCCCUGGGCCAGUAUAUACACGACCUAGGACUUUUGUUUGGGGCUUACGGUGAUUCGGGCAUCAAGCUGUGCGGCAGUCCGCCCGAUAAUAUUGGGAAUUUGUACCAUGAAGAGGAAGAUGCAAAAGCGUACGCUUCCUGGGGAGUCGACGCAUUGAAGUAUGACAAUUGCUUCUCCGAUGCCGAAACGGGAUACCCAAAUGUAAACUAUGCGCCCAAGACAUCGCCUCAUCCUCGAUUUGUCAAGAUGGCAAACGCUCUCGCUCAGACAAAUCGCUCAAUCUUGUUUCAAGUCUGCGAAUGGGGAAUCGACUUUCCUGCACUCUGGGCUCCGUCCAUCGGUCACACUUGGAGAAUCGGCAACGACAUCCUCCCCGCCUGGCGAAGCAUCUUCCGGACGUUGAACCAGGCGGUCCCACAAACGAGCUUUGCCGGGCCAGGUCAAUGGCCAGAUCUAGACAUGCUAGAAGUGGGUAACGGGGUCUUGACGGUUCCGGAAGAACAAACGCAUUUCUCGCUGUGGGCGAUUUUGAAGAGCCCGUUGACAAUCGGCGCUGCUUUGAAGGAUGACAAAACUAGUAUUGACGAUGAGUCUCUGGCUAUUCUGAAGAACUCCGAUGUGAUUGGAUAUAACCAGGAUAAGCUAGCUGUCAGCGCUAGCUUUCGUCGAAGAUGGGCAGACGAGGGCUAUGAGGUUUGGAGUGGGCCGUUGUCGGGUGGCCGGACUGUGGCAGCGUUGAUCAACUGGAACGACGAGGCUAGAGAUUUAACCUUGAAUCUGCCCGACGCUGGCUUACAAUCUGCUGGCAUCUUGAAGAACAUCUGGGAAGGUUCAACUGCUCGUGAUGUCAAGACAUCGUACACUGCCAGGGUUGAGGCCCAUGGCACCAUACUAGUUGAAUUGCAGGACACGGUUGCGUCCGGUCGUUACCCGACAAAGAAGUUCGCAUCCUCGAAGGGGGCAUCUACGAUCUUCAAAUCGAUAUACGCCAACACUACAAGCAGCAAACAUACCCUGACGAUCCAUUUCUCCGAACCCGUCUCUACACCCUCCAAUGUAACAAUUACAACGUCUGCAGGAAGUCGGAAGAUAUUCAAGGUCGUUCCUCCUUCCAGUGAAGAGGUAUCCCUCAGCAUUCCUCUCCUUUCAGGUUCAAACAACUCCAUCACCAUCAGGAAUUCACCAUCAAUCGAUUCCAUCACCAUUCAAUCACCUCGUGGAACCUAUCACCCCAGCACAGAAUUUACCCUCAGCGGAAGUGCUCGAAAAGACUCUUGUGGCUCGGGAUUUUGUGAACCCGUCGGUUCCCGAAUCAGGUAUAUUAGCCCUAAUGUUACUGCUCGUGCUGUUGUCCCCGCCACGGCUGGCUCUAAAUACAUCGAGAUCGACUAUACCAACAACGACGUUGCCUUUGAUUCCGCCUGGGACUGGGGUAGAAACACACGAAACCUAACCGUGGCCAUUAACGGCGGAAAGCCAGUUCGCGUGGAAACCCCGUUGAGCGGUAAGCACAGUGAGCUCUUUGGGCCAGGCUUAGGAUGGUGGGAUACUGCGACUAUGGGAGUCCUAACGGAUGGAUGGAAGGACGGAGAGAAUGACAUCGUUAUCGGGAAUGUUGGCGGGGAACAGGGAGUUGAGUCGUAUGGGGCGGAUUUUGUGGGGUUGACCGUCUAUAGCUGA